AUGGCGGAGCAAGAAGAGUCCGGUGGGCUUUUUAGCCUCUGCGCAUUUACUUUCGUCCUUAGUAAGGAGUUAAAUGGGGGAUUGAUCGCCGAGCUUUCCGAAAGUCUCGUCAAGUUUGGUGGCUCAGUCUUGGCGGCGAAACGUGAUGGUUUCUUGCCACUCUCGCAAGUGACCCACGUCAUCGCCAACUCGAUCGAUUUCCCCCAGUAUACCGACGCGACGGGUAUGAUGAUCCCCGUUGUUAAGUCUAAGUGGAUCACGGCAUCCUUAGCCAAGGGGAAGCAAGCUCAGAUACGGCCCUUUACGCCUGAUCCUCGAAUGAUCUUCUCCGACGUGGUAUUGUCCUGCGCUGAUAUCCCGCCUACCGAUAAAGAAGCUAUUAUUGGUGCUACAAUGGCCAUGGGAGGAAUGGACUCGGAGAAUGUCACCAAGCUUACUACCCAUAUCUGUGCUCUCUCCAUGGACCAUCCUAAAUGCCAGCUGGCUAUGGAUAAGAGGCUCAAAUGCAAGAUUGUUCUUCCUCAUUGGUUCGACGACUGUUUCAAGCUGGGAAAGCGAAUUGACGAGAGCCCGUAUCUUUUACCUGACCCGGAGUACCUACGUGCCAAUCCCGAGGAUGCGAUCCGAGUACCCUCAAGCCAACACCUUGAGGGUGCCACUUCUGCUCGACCAGACUAUCUACCCAGCCCCGACGAUGACGCUCUAAGAUCUCGUCCGAGCCUUACCGUGUUUGACGGAAAAAAGAUCAUGUUGUCAUCAGACUUGUCGAUUAGGAAUCGGCUCAGGGAUAUUAUUUUAGGACUUAUUAACGAUGGCGGGGGUGAGAUGACUGAUAAUGUCAAAGAGUGUGACUGGUUCAUCUGUCAAUAUCGCGAUGGGCCCCAAUACAUACACGCCGCGCAGGCUGGGAAGAUCGUUGGAAAUCUGUCAUGGUUAUAUUAUCUGAUCACCUACAACGAAUGGACGUCCCCUCUACGGCGUCUUCUCCACUAUCCUGUUCCGCGCGACGGUAUCCCCGGUUUCAAGGACAUGCGGAUUACGGUGUCAAACUACGGAGGAGAAGCUCGUAUAUACCUGGAGAAUCUGAUCAUUGCUGCUGGCGCAAUGUAUACGAAGACUAUGAAGGCCGAUAACACACAUCUUAUCACUGCCCGAGAUAACAGCGAGAAAUGUGAGGCUGCUCGAGAUUGGAACAUCAAUAUGGUCAAUCACCUUUGGAUCGAAGAGAGCUACGCAAAGUGCGAGAUGCAAAGCAUAACAAUACCCAAGUAUACUCAUUUCCCGGCUCGUACGAAUCUUGGCGAGGUCAUUGGCCAGACAUUUUUUGAUGAGAAGAAACUACGAGCGUUAUAUUAUCCCGGUGGCCCAGAGCAGCUUACGCCAACAUCAAAGCGGAAGCGCAAGAUUUUGGAGAUGGCCAAUGAGAAUUCGUUCUCCGAAGGCCCGGCUGAAGGUGUUGCGAUUGGUCGCCAAGCUCACAAGGAAUUUGACGUUAUGAAAGAUACGGAUGCCGAAUACGCGCAAAAAACUACAGAAGUAUUUGGAGUACCAGCACCGCGAAAACGUAGAGAAUCGUCCGAGCUAAAGACUCCGGCUAAGGGCCGUCACGUCCGUGCCGGUAAAGAAAACGAAACACCUUCUACAGUUUCUUCAAGCCGAAGCGCCAAGGAUAAGGCAUUAAAUAGGUUAUCGGUCCUAGCGCCUGACAUUGCUCUAUACGAAAAGGAAAAGAAACGAGGGCUUAAGGAUGGCCAUGGCCUCUGGGGUGGCAAACGGGCAGCUGAUUAUAUCGACCGAGAAAAUCUAAACCGCCAUAGUCUCUCGAGUCCAAGUACAGGAGGCGAAGAGAAACAGAUGAAGUUGGAGAGGCGGCCCGCGAAAAAAGCAAGACCGACUCUCCCGGAUGUUAGUAUGAGGGUAGUUCUCACCGGAUUUCAGCGGUGGGUCAAUGAGAAAUAUAAGGAGGAUGCGGACCGAAAAAAGUUACGCGACCUCGGCAUUGCCGUGGUAACAGAUGGUCAACAGUGCGACUAUCUCGUAGCUCCACAUCUAGUACGAACAGUCAAGUUCCUUCGCAAUCUAUCUAAGGGCGCUACUAUUGUGUCCUCGAGCUGGAUUGAAGAAUGUCUAGAUACAAAAGAGCUUCUAGACCCUCUGGAUUUUAUCCUCAAAGACAAGGAGAACGAGAGGAAAUUCGGCAUCAAGCUCGAGAUCUCGGUCCAGAGAGCGCGAACGAACAAGGGUAAGCUCCUCUGGGGCAUGCCCAUAUACUGCACAUCUAGCAUCAAGAACGGCCCACAUGGCUACCAAGCUAUCGCCGAGGCCAACGGCGCCUUAUUCAUGGUGUACGGUGCGCGCAGCGGGACGACGAUCAAACCCACAGCGCCGGAAGACGACGACGGGGAGCCCGAGCCGGUGUACCUACUUAGCAACACGAGCCCCGAGGAGAAGAAGCUAUGGCAGAAGUUUGAGGACAUGGCGCGCAAGGGUAACAUGGAGCCGCGUAUCGUUGCGGCUGAUUGGCUGCUCGAUAUUGUUAUGAGCCAACAGGUUAGCUUUGACGAGAGGUACCUGGUGACGAACUUCUUCGCAUGA